CCCAGAUGAGCCACAAUUACCCAUUGGCUGGGACAUUGGGAUGGCUUUUUCGAUAGUCCCACUUCAGACAAAUACCAUUGACUAUCAUACAGAUAUCACUGCGUGCGUCAGGCGUAUUAGUGUUCCUACAACAGUUCGUGGUACCCUCCGAGAAUUCAACCUGGUCAUACAGGAUGUGAGUGGUUCCAAGGCAUCUGUGCUAUAUAGAGGAUAUGACAUCCCGAAGUUCUUAGAGAAUGCGCCGACAGCUGAGGCUCAUCUGCCCCUCAUUGUUACAAUCAAAGCUGCUAUUCGAGUGCCGCAUCUGUCCACCCAGAAAUAUAAAUAUCGUUUUGAAUCAACUCCUGCCACUUUCUUCAUAGUCGCAGGCAGGUCUACUACAUGGACGCCAACACCAGUAAGAAAACAGGCUGCCUUCGAUCAACAAUUGAGAAUAAAACACUUGCUGACAUCAAAGCUAUGCUUGCAUCUGAUCAGAGCUGCCACAAGAUGCUUUACCGUGCCAAGUUCCACAUAUCACAGAUGAAAUUUCGAAAAAACAUUUGCAGAACAACUGAGGAAUGGCCAGACUUGCACUAUCAGCUCGAAGUCAAAUGUGAACAAGGAUCUGAUGACAUUGAUGCCAUACUGGACCAUGAGGCAACUCUCUCAAUAAUCGGAAUGACGCCAAGCAAGUACAUGAAACUCGAUGCGGAUGCGGCUAAGGCGUUGCUGAUCAAUAAAUGCAGCAGAAUGUUUGCAGGAGAACUGUACAUCGGUUCCUCGGAUCUCAAGAACAGAACCGCACCAGCCAAACCUCACGUCAGAGUUUCAACACUUUGGCACACCUCAAGAAUCGACAAGUGAUCGUCAGCACCAAUGAUAGAAAGAGC